AAGUAAAAACCCAAAAGUUUAUUCCGAAUAUUGUUGAACUUCCUGAGGACAAGUGAAAGGCCAAGAACGUAAGCGGGUCCUCCGAUCUCCGUUCUUGGUCAUCGAUCGCCACGCGCUUUGCUCAGCUCGCCUUCUCGAUCAGCCAUGGCUACCGCCGUCGUUGCUGCUGCUGCUGCAGUUUGUCUCGCCGUGAUCUCCGUUCAGCUGCCCGCGCCUGCUCUCGGCAACGUUUUGUCCCCUGUCCUUACGCCCAUCGCCGGUUCGCGCCGUUGCUUCCCGCUGAAAGAUGCUCCUCUGUUUCGGUUACUGUUCUUAUGGUGUUUGGCAAUUUGGGUCGGAGAGGGAUUGCCGGGUUUUUAUCUGGGGCUGUCCUUUUUAGGACAUUUGGCCAACUGGGUGUUUCUCGACUGCAGUUCGAUUUUGUUUUUUUUUUUUUUUUUCAUUUGGUUUCUUUUGGGUGCCUCGAUGUUGCAGAUGAGGUGUGCAAAGAAGCGAAAUGUGGGAGAGGAGCGUGCAAGCCCAGUGGGAACAGCACUCUCUUGUAUGAAUGUGAAUGCGACCCUGGAUGGAAGCAGACUCUUUCAAGCACCGAUAGUCAUCUCAAGUUCCUGCCUUGUGUAAUUCCUAACUGCACCCUCAAUUACUCUUGCAUGAAAUCCCCUGCUUCAGCUGAGGAGAAAACAAAACAAGCUAACGAAUCAAUUUUGAACCCCUGUCAUUGGGUUGAUUGCGGAGGCGGCUCCUGUAACAUGACUUCAAUUAUCUCGUACAGUUGCCUUUGUGAUGAGGGCUACCACAAUCUCUUCAAUCUCACUCCUUUCCCGUGCUACACACAAUGUGCAAUUGGAAUGGAUUGCCUGAAUCUUGGGAUUUCAUCUUCAAAUAAUACUGCUUUGGCACCCACUUUGGCAGACAGUGAUGGGUCUCGAGGCUCACUUAUGCGAGGGAGUUCUCACUGGUUAGUUGCCCUGAUGUUCUUUUUGGGCAUUCUUCAGUGCCCAUAAAGCAAAAGGUAAAGUCGAAAGCUGAUAUCUCUUGUAGCAUACUAGAAUUGGAGAUUGCGGAUGAUGUUUUUGUGAAUAACCUUAUGCGGAGGUCAGGUCCGUUUGAUGCCUGAUGUUUAUUAUUCUUCGAUGAGCUGUUGUAUAGAUUAGUUGACUGAACCCAACAGACAAGUGACUGUGAAUAAAAGUUUUCAUGAGAGUGAGAUGUUAGUAGAUUGUUCAAA